AUGAUGUUUCCUCUAAAAGACGCUUGCUUUGGUUACCGGGUUCAGCAUCCUCACAAUAUCCUUUAUAACAUCUUGAGCGGAAGAGAGACUGGCCACAAACUGGACAGCACAACUCACAACUGUCCAUGUAAGCAGAGGACAGUUUGUCUGAAGGACCCAAAGACCACCUGCCAAGUUGCCUGCAGCGUGCUGAUAAAGACCGUCCACUUUGUCAGAAGUUUGCCGUCCUUCGCUCAGCUACCAUCGGGAGACAGGUCAUCAUUGCUAAGACACUGCUGGGUUCCUUUAUUUGUUCUGGGGCUCGCCCAGGAAAAGAUGGUGUUUGAAGUGACUGAUGUACCAAAUUCAAGCAUCCUCAGACAGAUUCUGCUCGGACCAGGACUCACUGAAAAGGAGGCUGAUCAUCCGACUAUUGCUGAUGUCCACAAACUGAAAGCGUGUUUGCAUCAGCUGUGGAAUCUGGAUCUUAGUCCAAAGGAAUAUGCUUACCUGAAGGGUGCUUUCUUGUUUGAACCAGCUGUAGAGGGAUUGAGCGUCUCAUCGUUCAUUGAAGGCCUCCAACAGGAAGCUCAGAGAGCUCUCCGGGAAGUCGUCCACCUCUUGCACCCGCAGGACACUGCUCGCCUCAGCCACGUCUUCCUAGCAGCCUCCGGCGCACGGACUGUCAGCCACAGCCUGGUCACAGAGCUCUUCUUCAAACCAGUUAUUAGCGACACAAAUAUGUUACGUUUGUUAACAGAGAUGUUGUUUCUGUAA